GGCGACCUGCGGGCCGUGCUCGUCACCGAGCCCCUCCGGCCCGCCCUCGCGGGCCCCGGUGCCGAGUUUGUUGUCGACUCCGAGGGUCAAUACCAGGCCUCCCUGCGCUGGAUCUCGAGGAGGACAGAAGCCUUAAUGAAACACUUGCAGAGCAACAACGUUAAACUGUUGCUGUCGAGCGUGAAGCAAGAGGAAGUGGUUAUCUACUAUGCAAAAUUACACGGCGUAUCUGUGGUAGAGUGCUUGUCGUCGGAAGAAAUGGCCCUUAUCUGUGAAAUCACAGGAGUCUCGCCUUAUGCACCUUUUGGUGAUGACAUGCACAGAGAAAUCACUGAAACCGCAGUGGCAACGUUUUGCCAGCCCUUGCUGCUCGGCUCAAAGAGAUGUGUUCACGUUGGCUUCACCAGCGUGUGUGCCUUUCAGCCCCAUUGCCUAAUUCUUUGUGGGCCGGUCGAUGCUGUUAAUGAGCAACAUGCUGCUGCUUUACAAGGGGCGUUUACAAUGCUGCAGCAGCUAUUUAAAAGAGUUGAUCAGAGGGAGGAAUGGAAAGCAGAAGGUGAGAGCCAGAAUGAAGCCGCAGGUGUUUGUGGCUGGCAUUCUUCAGCUACUCAGAAGCAAAUCAUAACAGAAAAUAUUUUUUGUAAGAGUAAUCAGGUUUCUGAACAACAAUUGAAAACACGCAGGGAGGAAAUAGAGAUGCAAAUUGUAGACGCUGACUUGCAGGGAAGUGAAAAUCCAGCACGUGUGCAAACAAACUUGCAAAUACCCUCAAAUCCCAUCUUGCACAUCAAAGAAUUCGACGUUGCCGCUGAAGGAGAUGGCCCUUCGAGAGACGUACAGAAACUGCAUGCAAAAUGCAAGCAUCUGGGUGACGUGCACGAGAACUAUAAAAGUGAUUUACUUGUGGACAAUCAAAAGAAUUACAGCACUGCUGUAUCAGCAGCACAUAAUGCUGAUACAGUCACUGCAUGUGAACGCCUAGAUGUUGGCAAACAUGUAGAGAAAACAAGUUGCAGUAUAGUUCCAUUUAAACGUGAAAAGAGUUGUGUAAGUAUUGCACAGAAUUAUUCCAACUCCCUCAUAGAAGCAGGAUCAGUUUUGCCAGUAGGAGGUUACUUUGAAAUCUUGUUACAUUAUUAUAUUCGGUACUAUGCAAAACAGUUUCAGCAGUCGCAGGUAACUGUCAUAUCUAAUGUAGUUGCUGAUGCUUUGCUAAGUAUUCCCAAGUCCUUAUACAGGACAACAGAACAAAACAGCUUUACAAAGUUCUAUCUCAAAGCCAUAAAUGCACUCAAAAAAAAUGAGCCACUGCCUGUGAAUGAGAAGGGCUUAGAAUCGGUGUAUUGCAAAUACCAGUUAGUCAUUUCAGUUCUUCGUUGUGUUACAGAGCUGCUCUCCAUAGAUUUAAUAAUUGGUGUUAAGCGGCCACUGCAAAAAAUUGAGGAUAAUGACUCAGAAGAUGACUUCUGA